CAGCGACGCCAGCAGCGUGGCCGCGAGGGCGGGGCGUCAGGUCGGGAGGCCGUGAGUGAGCGCUUUUGAGCGCAGGCGGCGAAGAGCGCUCGGAGCCCGGCCGUGCCCGCCGGCAUGAGCUACGACCGCGCCAUCACCGUCUUCUCGCCCGACGGCCACCUCUUCCAAGUGGAGUACGCGCAGGAGGCCGUCAAGAAGGGCUCGACCGCGGUUGGUGUUCGAGGAAGGGACAUUGUUGUUCUUGGUGUGGAAAAGAAAUCAGUGGCUAAACUACAAGAUGAAAGAACUGUGCGAAAGAUCUGUGCUUUGGAUGACAACGUCUGCAUGGCCUUUGCAGGCCUCACUGCUGACGCAAGGAUCGUCAUCAAUAGGGCCCGGGUGGAGUGCCAGAGCCACCGCCUGACUGUGGAGGACCCGGUCACUGUGGAGUACAUCACCCGCUACAUUGCCAGUCUGAAGCAGCGUUAUACGCAGAGCAAUGGGCGCAGGCCUUUUGGCAUCUCUGCCCUCAUCGUGGGUUUUGACUUCGAUGGCACCCCUCGACUCUAUCAGACUGACCCCUCUGGCACAUACCAUGCCUGGAAGGCCAAUGCCAUAGGCAGGGGUGCCAAGUCAGUGCGUGAGUUCCUGGAGAAGAACUAUACCGAUGAAGCCAUUGAGACAGAUGAUCUAACCAUCAAGCUGGUGAUCAAGGCACUCCUGGAAGUGGUCCAGUCAGGUGGCAAAAACAUUGAACUUGCUGUCAUGAGGAGAGAUCAGCCUCUCAAGAUUCUAAAUCCUGAAGAAAUUGAGAAAUAUGUUGCUGAAAUUGAAAAAGAAAAAGAAGAAAAUGAAAAGAAGAAACAAAAGAAAGCAUCGUGAAGAAAACUUGCUUGAAGUGGCUUUUAAACUCAAUCAUGGAUGAGUCUCAGUCAUGUGUGGGCUUUCCCAUCUGUCAUGCUGAGUGCCCAGUAAACUCCCACAUUUUUUAACCUUUCCUUGUGAAGAGAACAUGUUAUCUUUCCUUGUUCCUUUUAAA